AUGAAUGUAAAGGCGCUCGAGAACUGUGUCGGUGGCGUCUGCACUCCCUACUCCGUCGCUGUGCCCAACGUCGACAAGCCACGUCCCCUCCACCAGCACCAGCGUGCCCUCAAGCUAUACGCAGCCGCUCAUUACCACAACGGCCAACGGCACCACACCGAAAAGCACCAGCACCGUCCCGUGCCCUUUCCGCCAACCAUUUCGCCCAUACACCGACUCCCAGUCGAGCUCCUCGCUCGCGUGUUCGCCAUCGGCGUGGAGGGGCGACAGCUCGAUCGCGAGAUUGAUCCAAGCGAGCCAGAAGAUGCGCAGCCCGAUUUCGAGGUGCUCGUCUCCAAGGUCUGCCGGCACUGGAGGCAGGUCGCGCUGGGUCUGCCCGGGCUAUGGUGCGCGCUCGUCAUACGUAAAGUUCGGCACGUUGAUCGCGCUAUGGCAUACAUCGCACGAUCCCAGAAGUUACCCCUUGAGAUCGUCGUCGACAGCCCCUCAACAGAUACCCACGUACCUGGACUGACGCUUUGCCGUGACGAGGUGGACGACGUCUUCCAGGCUAUCCUACCCGCUCUAGACCGUUGGCGAUCGUUCACCUUGAAGGUUCGAGACUCGGUCGCCAGAGAUCGUUGUCGAGGACACCUCGCUGCAUGUGGGCCCGCACCGAGGCUUGAGUACCUCAAGUUGUAUCACCAAGAGAAUUGGCCAGACGCGGAGGCCAUGUAUCAGGCGUUGCAGCAGGCGCCGCUUUCGUUUGGAGGCGGACUGCCAAGCUGCCAGCAUUUGUCCUUGGUCGGAGUCAGCCUCCCGUCCUCAACCCCGGCCUACUGUCGAGGCCUCAGAACGCUCGAGCUCCGGCUACACUUCGAGGCCUUUCGCCCGUCCUAUGCACAGUGGGAAGAAAUUCUACUGGCGUCCCCCGGCCUCGAGAAGCUCACACUCCACUGGUCCGGCCCGAAGCGAGCGAAUAGCGACCUUUAUCCGUUCCAGACCAUCCAGCUCUCCUCCCUGCGCGAGCUUGUGCUCAUCGACCUCGAUAGCGAUCAUCUGUGCUACAUGCUCCGCCACAUGCGCAUGCCGAAUCUGCGCGUCCUUCGGCUCGACUUCCCGGAGCAGGACGUCACGCCGGUCGUCGAGCUCGCGACGGACCCGGACGCGCCGAUGUUCGCUUCCCUCGAGACUCUUGCGAUCACGUCCCUUUCGUGCUCCGCUCCCGCGUGGCGCCGGCUUCUCAAGUCCGUCGCGAAUCUGAUCACGCUCGAGCUCGACCUCCGCCGGAUGGAUAGUCGUCUCAUGGACGAGAUCAUGACCGGGGCGUGCAAGACCGAAAUUCUCGCGCUCAAGGAGGUCCCGAAGCAACCGCUCCCGAGCAUGCUCAUGCCCGUGCUCAAGUACGUCAGGGUGAAGGGCAUCACCGGGAAGUCGCUCGAGCGGCUCAGUUACUAUCGGAUGAAGGGCGGGUGCGAGGUCCAGAAGUGGAUGCUCGAUUCGAAGAGCAGGGACGAUGACGUGGAGCGUCUCAGGACGAACCGCGGGGUGAACAUUGAAUACUUCGACGCGUCCGACGAUGAGCAGGAGGAGGAGGAUGACGAGGAAAACAGUGAAGAGGAGGAAGAGGCCGACGACGACGACGACGAUGACGAAAACGAAAACGACGACACCCCCGAUGACGACCAGUCAUCGGAUGAUUGA